AUGAAAUUGUUAAUCUUUGCCUUGGUCUGUAUCCAACUCUCUCAGUGUUUCCACAAAAUGCCUUUGUACAGAGGCAAGUCUGUCCGAGAUAUCCUGAAGGAGCGUGGGGAGCUGAAAAGGUUCUUAGAAACGCACAAAUAUGAUCCUGGCUUGAAAUACCAGCAUCUCUUCCCUGGAUAUCAGUCAGAGGAUGCAAAUGAGCCACUUGUGAAUUUCAUGGAUAAUUCCUACUACGGUUCUAUUACAAUUGGUAACCCACCCCAGAGUUUCACCGUUCUCUUCGACACUGGCUCCUCUAACCUUUGGGUCCCCUCUAUCUUCUGUGGCAGUCCAGCAUGUGAGAACCAUCCCAGAUAUAAUCCAAGACAAUCCUCAACAUUCACGACGAACAGACAAAGUUUCAGCAUUGCGUAUGGUUCUGGUAGUUUAACUGGAUAUUUUGGAUUUGAUACAGUUAAUGUUGCAGGCAUUUCUAUUCCCCAGCAGGAGUUUGGCCUCAGUCAGAAUGAACCUGGAUCUACCUUCUAUUAUGCAAAAUUUGAUGGAAUCCUUGGUCUUUCCUACCCAGCGCUUUCAGCGGGGGGUGCCACCCCUGUGUUUGAUGGCAUGAUGCGGAACAAUCUGGUAUCAUCACCCGUGUUUUCUGUUUACCUGGGCAGACAACCAAACAGUCAAUAUGGCGGUGAAGUGACAUUUGGAGGGAUUGACAAUAGCUUGUAUACUGGUGAAAUUGUCUGGGUACCUGUCCUUCAGGAAUUGUAUUGGCUCAUCCCUAUGCAAGGUGUGCUUCUUAAUGGUCAGUCAAUCUUCUGUACCCAAGGCUGCCAAGCUAUGGUUGAUACUGGGACUUCCUUGCUCACUGCACCAAGUGAGGAAUUAGAACAACUGAUGCAACACAUUGGUGCCUAUCAGAACCAGUAUGGGGAGUACAUGGUUAACUGUAAUGCUGUUGCAAACCUGCCUUCGCUGACCUUUGUAAUCAAUGGAGUUGAACUCACUAUUCCAGCCUCGGCCUACAUCCAACAGAGUUAUGGCCAAUGUCUUGUUGCAUUUGAGCCCACCUACCUGCCAGCUCCUACCCGAUAUGGAUCUUUCUGGAUCUUGGGUGAUGUCUUCCUGAGAGAAUUUUAUUCUAUUUAUGACAGAGGGAACAAUAGAAUGGGAUUCGCUAAAGCUGCCUAA